AUGUCCUUCAACAUAGGCUGCAACCAUCUUGAGGUUGUACCUAGCAAUUUGUUUUCACUUUUGACAGAUUUUAUCGUGAAAACUUUUCUGCAGGUGGCUGUUGCUACUCGCAUGGUGAAUACUAGUAGAUUGAUGAGAUGCUAUGUCAAAGGACCAAGCAGCAGUCCGGUUUUGCAAUUUUCUAAUAAUGACACUGGUUAUGGCGCGGGGAUUGCAUUUUGGCCUAUUUUUCUUUCUUUCGAGCAAUUAGCAGAGAAGCUUGUUCAGAUGUUUAUAUUUGAGUUGAAUCUGAAGAGACUGCUUGUAGUAGAAUUACUUACCCUUAGCAGCGAAGGCCCACAAGUCAAUGAAUUACGUUGGUCAAAUGAGCUGUAUCCUGGAGAAAUCGAUGAUUUGAGCAUUUGCAACUUAUAUUCGAUGGAAACUUGCAAACCAGUACCUCUGGAUCGGCGGAAACGAGUACAAAUGCCUACCAUGCAAUUCAAGAGUCGACCAAACCGUGAAGUUCUGCAGGUGUAUCUAACAACAUGGCUGGCAGAAGAAGUGAGCAUCCAUACCCAUAGGUGA